UUGUACCACGAAUUUAGCUGGACUUGCAUUUAUCUAGUUGAAAACUACACAUGUAUCAAUGAACAACGACUCAAGGAUCGAUAAAAAUUCUUAGUUCGAUUUAAAAUUCACAAUGUGUAUUUGUUUUCGAGACGCUAGAAUUUUGGUUGCAAUUUUUCGUACAAUAUUGAUUAAUUUCGAACUUUUUUCAAUAAUAAAAAUUAUCAGUGUUUUUUUAAUUUUAUCAAAUCAACAAUAUGUCACUGCUGAGGUGCUGGUCAGUACGAAAUUGGGCGAUAUCAGAGGUACUACAGGGUUGAGUCGAGAUGGAAAAAGAUUCAAUGCUUUUUUGGGCGUUCCGUAUGCAGAGCCACCGAUCGGAGAUUUAAGACUUGAGAAUCCCAAGCCAGCCAAAUCAUGGAACCAAACCCUGGAUGCAACUUCAUAUCCUCCGAUAUGCCCUCAACUGGAUACAACAGGGUUCAUAGGUCAAGAAGAUUGCUUGUAUCUAAACAUAUACACGCCACAAACGACCAAUAAUCACACAAAAUUACCAGUGUGGUUGUUCAUUUACGGAGGACGUCGAAUGUUCGGUCAUUGUUUACCUUAUAAAUACGGCCCGGAGUAUAUAAUGGAUAAAAGAGUGAUUUUUGUAACCUUAAAUUAUCGUAUCGGACCAAUGGGCUUCUUAAGCACAGAAGAUUCGGCAAUCCCUGGCAAUUUUGGUUUAAAAGAUCAGCGAAUAGCUCUGCAAUGGAUUCAAGAAAACAUAAAUGCAUUUGGAGGAGACCCAACGAAUGUCACAUUGAAUGGAGGGAGCUCCGGAGCUGCUGACGUUUAUUUCACAGAUGCAUCUCACAAAGUGGUCACCUUUUGAAUUUUUGGACAGUGAUGAAGCCUGGUAAAGGAAGGCAAUCAGCUUGGAAAUACGCUAAAGCUAUCGAUUGCCACGUCAAAACGUCCGAACAGUUGUUGAAUUGUUUGAAAUCCAAGCCCAUAAAAGAUCUCAUCGUAGGAACUACUAAAUUAUCUCACGAUUUCUUCUUACCGAAAACAAUGUUUGGCCCAAUCAUCGAGCAAAAACAUGUCGAAGGAGCAUUUCUCGUCGAUAAUCCUGCCGAAUUGGUGAAAAAACCCAGCAACAUACCGUGGAUACUUGGAGUAACCUCUGAUGAGGGGGCAAUAGGCUCAAUGGGUCAGUGAGCUAUGGUCAAAGUGUUACAUUCACUUAUGGUGCCGAAGUAAUAAUGCACAAUUUUUCGCACCAGUUGUAUUUUCAAAUUCCAGAGGUCUUCGUCAUUUUGCAAAACAUUAUAGAAGAGUAUUUCCCCCAUUUUUCGGGUAAGAGCACACUCCUGGCAGCGUGGAUAACUUGACCGAUAUCUUGGUAUCCAAAUAUCUGGACCAUCGUCCACUCGAAGAAUCAUUUUAUUCUUUUGGCGAACUAUUUACUUCCAGUCACAUUUACGUAGGGGGAAUUGAAUCUGCUCUACAAUACCGAGGUCCCAAAUAUUUCUAUUUAUACGACUACAAAAAUCAUCCCGAUUAUUCUCGUAAUUAUGGUCGAAUUUCUAUCGGUGAAAAUAAAAAAGGAUCAUACGUCAAGUAUGAAACAGGACCAGUUCAUGGAGAAGAACUUGUGAGUAUGUUCAACAAUCCACAAUUGCUUCCUCCUACCAUUCGAGGAGACGACAGAAUAGUAUCAGAUCAAGUGUUGACUUUAUGGUAUAAUUUCAUAAUGAGUGGAAACCCUAACGAUAAAAACAAACAAAUAUGGAAUCCCGUGACAACUCCGAAUUUGGAAUAUCUUCACAUAAACAACCUAACGUUAACAAUGAAAGAUAAACUAAUUUGGGACGAAUACACGUUUUGGAAAAACCUGGACACGAGUAUUUUGAUAACUUCGGAAACACACAGACCAAUAUGGAAAGAGAGCUGACAUCGAGCACGAUGUUCAUUUACGAAGCCGAGGAUUUCGAUUAAACAAAUGUCUGAAUAAGGCUUCAUACUCGUAAUCUCGUAGAUACGAGUAGAUAGAACGAGCACUCGUGAUAGGAACGUGAGAAAAAAAUGUCAACAUUGAACAUUCUACCCAGUCUUCGGAAAAUAUAAUUAUGUAUAACCACUAAUCUGCAUAUUUUCUCGAUCGAUGAAUAAAUUAAAUAAAUCAUGAAUCUUGUGACAGGUACCUAAUUUAAAUUAACGAAUAAGCUCACUGUUAUUUUUAAACUCGGUUGGAUAUUAUGUAAUACAUAUUUUUAUUGGAAGGAAAGAGACGUACGAGUAUGAUAGGAUUAAAAAGUUGUAAAACAUGAAAUUAAGUAUUGCGAUAAGUAAGUUGGUAAGCACUUACAUAUUUGAUAUUUUUGAUCGAGUUUUUAUCAAAAUUUUCGUUUAUUUGCAAAAUCGAGUCAUAAAUGAAUUCGCCUCAGAAGAUUAAACGUAAAGAAUGUUUUUAAAAAAUGGUACUCGAACUAAAUAAAUAAAAAAAAACAAAAAUCAUUUCAGUCUCAAUGUGUUCUCAUUUUCAGCGAUCAUUCGUUAAAGUUGAAAUCCUUCUCGCAAUUCCUCCUUAUCUUUUAGCCCGGCAUGACAAUAGGAAUGAUUGCAUCUCGUCGAUCCUCUGAGACAACUUUCCUCUUAAAGGGGACAUCAUAAGGAACAUUUUAAGACAAAUUUGCUAAAAAAAAAAGUUGACAUUAAUGACAAAAUGGGGGCCAUUUUGAUUGGCAGGUCAGCCGAAAUAGCAGAUUUCGCUUUCCAACAUAGAACUGGCACACGAUUUUUUGAACUGGACAAAGCUAGAUCGAAAAGAGCAAGUAAAAAUUCAUCACCAGCCAAAAUUUCAAGUGCUAAACUGCAUUUUUCAAUUUUUGGUGAAUUUUUGAAAAUCAAAUUCAAUGCCAAACUAGACAGCUGCGCUAAGCGCAGCUGUAACAAUGUGCGUAGCUUCUUUAGUUAGGAAGGCACAACGCAAUUUUGGAAAAGAAGCACAACAAAAUUUCAAAAAAAGGCGCAACUUCGAAAAAAGCACAAUGCGACUUCAAAAUAAUAAGCACAAUGCGAUUUAGAAAAAAAUCACAACGCAAAUUUCAAAAAUAGAACAAGAUUUCGAAAAAAAUCAAAAUACGAUUGAAAAAAAAGCACAAAGCAACUUUGAAAAAAAGCAAUUGGGAUUUUAAAAUCAGAACGCAAUGAUGAUUUUAAAAAAAAGCACAACGCGAUUUUGGGAAAAAAAGCACAACGCAAUUUUGAAAAAAAAGCACAACGCGAUUUUGAAAAAAGGCACAACGCGAAUUUUAGUAAAAAAAAAGCACAAUGCGAUUUCCUAAAAAAAGCACAACGCAAUUUUGAAAAAAAGCACAAUGCGAACAUUGAAAAAAGCUCAACGCGAAUUCUGAAAAAAGCACAAGGCCAACUUUGAAAAAAAAGCACAAUGCGGAUUUUGGAAAAAAAGCACAACGCGAUUUUGAAAAAAACAUAAUUUUGAAAAGAAGCACAACGCAAUUUCGGAAAAAAGCACAACGCGGUUUUGAAAAAAAAGCACAAUGCGACUUCGAAAAAAAAAACAUGAUUUUGAAAAAAAAGCACAACAUGAUUUCGAAAAAAAACACAACGUGAACUUCAAAAAAGAAAAGCACAACGCGAUUUCCAAAAAAAAAGCACAAUGCGAACUUUGAAAAAAAGCUCAACGCGAAUUCUGAAAAAAGCACAAUGCAGAUUUUGAAAAAAAAGCACAACGCGAUUUCAGAAAAAAAAGCACAACGCAAACGUCGAAAAAAAAACAACUCGAACGUUGAAAAAAAACAACCUGAACUUCGAAAAAAAACACAACGCAAUUUCAAAAAAAAAAGCACAACGCGAUUUUUUUUAAAAAAAAGCACAACGCGAUUUUGAAAAAAAGCACCACACAAUUUUGGAAAAAAAGCACAACGCGAUUUUGAAAAAAAAAAGCACAACGCGAACUUCGAAAAAAAAACAACGCGAAUUUUAGGAAAAAAAGCACGACGCAAACUUUAAAAAACAGCACAACGCAAUUUUUAAAAAAAAGCCCAACGCGAACUUUGAAAAAAAAGCACAACGCGAUUUUGAAAAAAAAGCACAACGUUAUCUUGAAAAAAAAGCACCAUGCAAAUUUAGAAAAAAAGCACAACACGAUUUUGAAAAAAAAGCACAAUGCGAAGUUUGAAAAAAAAAACAAAGCGAAUUUUAAAAACGAAAAGCACAACGCGA